AUGGACCAUGGUGAAGGAAAGCCUAUGGGAGAUUACAAGGUAAACCUAAGAGAUCUUUGGUGUGACUGUGGAAAGUAUCAAGCUUACCGUGUUCCUUGUUCACACGUUAUUGCUGCAUGUUCUGUGGUGCGCCAAGACGCCUAUGCUCUACUGUCCGACGUUUACAGAGUCUCAAACUUAUUCGGUGUUUACAGCACAAGUUUUCAAGUACUACCAUUAGAUGAGUAUUGGCCCUCCUUUGAAGGAGAUCAAAUUUGUCACAACCCAUUGAUGCGGAGGAACAAGAAAGGUCGUCCGGUGAGCUCACGUAUUAGAACAGAAAUGGACAACUAUGAUAAGUUAGAGAGAAAAUGUGCGUUGUGUCGUCUUCCUGGUCACAACCGAACGAAUUGUCCAAAUGUUGGAACCAGUAAUGCAUAG